UCCAUUUAUGAGAGUACAUCGUCUUCUUACCCUCGUUUUUCGCUAGUUUACGCUACUUCCGUCACGUGUCAUGGCCAUCAGCGCCACCCACGCCCUAAUCUGGAACUAACUUAACAGCACAGAGCAAGCCGCCAUACUUUUGUCAUUGUUGCGUCGUUUUUCCAUACCGCGCGUGUAUCGCUAGAUUUUAUAAUUGGAAAACUUAGUAUACCGACCCCAUUUCAUUGAAGUUUAGUAGUUAACUUUCGAGAUAAAAGUAGAAAGUUACUGAAAUUUUUAAUUUAAUUAUUUAAUUUAUUUAGUUUUUUUUUCCGUUACGUGAGGUUGUUCAUGUUCGUUAUUUGAAGAUGGACAAUAGUGAAAUAACCGCGUCAGAGGGUAACCACGCGGAUGAUUUUAGUGAUCGUGAUUCAACUCGGUUACAAAAAAGUGAUAAAUCGCACGUGUCGUCUAGAACGUCGAAGUCAUCUUCGAGUUCGAGUGCUAGUGAAGAUGAACCGCCGUCGAAAAGACGGCGCCGGAAUCGCUCUCAUGAGACAUUGCGAGAUAUUGAUCAAAGGUUUGAAGUAUUAUCGCAUCAGCUGGUGAGUCACAUUAAUAAUAUGUUUUGCGCGAAUUACGCUGUAAUGCAACCAAAUUCUGGCUCGCCGGUGGUGCCUGCAUCAGGACCAAUAAAGCCAAUAGAUGACCCGUUUUUGCGUCCGUCAGUAGAUUUAAAUGACAUUUCAGAACUUAACGUGUCAAUUAAGGAACCGUCUAUACCUAAAGCGAACCCUGACCGCGUCGCAAGGUUAACUUCUAUGCAAAGAUUUGACUCGGUAGAUUGGAACUCCGUACGGUACACUGAGGUGCAGAAGAAAUAUGCAGCUUUUCCAGCGUUCACAGAGCUGAAGGUAAACGAGGAACUACGGCAUUUAGAGGAUCCUUUUGCACCACUUAGAUGGUAUCAGAUGGAGCGUAGUUUUGCGGCGUUGUCAAACGCGUUUUUAGCCCAAAAUGAGUUUGUAAAUGUAGCAUUACGUAAUUUAAUUGACUGGUCGGCAAAACCGGAUGCUCAACUUACAUCAUCUACUAUUUACGAUAAGUUAAAGGAAUUAUUUGGCAGUGAUUCUAAUUACAAAUCUAUUUCUCAUGACAUAUUACAAAUGAUUUGCGGGAAACGUGCAGAGGUAUUAGAACUACGGCGGAAGGAGCUGCUUAAAAGCUUAAAAGGGAAAUAUUUUCGCGAAGAUAUUGGAAAAAUACCACCCUCAUCUGAAUAUAUGUUCAGCCCUCAGAGUUUGUCUGCUUACAUUCAGAAGAUAGGCGGUAUUGAUAAACUUGAGAAAGAUUCGGCGCCUGGCACUAAAUUUGCUGGACGUUCCAAAUCCCCUGUGCGUCCAAAGUCACCGGUCGCUUCUACGUCCCGUGAAAAGCCAUUUCGGUCUCAACAAAAUAAACGUAAACAGGGAAAAAAUAAGAAGAAAAAUUUCGACGAUCGAAGGAAAAGAGGGGGGCGCAGAGAUGAAUCUAACAGAGGUAGACGUAAAUGA